UCGAAAAAAAUUAUUGACGUGUAACUUUUGCUUAUCGGUGCACCCUAUAAUUGGAAUACUGUGGUGAUAGGUCCAAAAAAAUUAAUCUAAAUUGUGUUCAAAGAAGAAAAAUAAAACAUAAAUUUGCCGGGGGCUGAUUGCAGUUGAUGAACUUUUUCAAAAGUGGAUUACAAACGGUGCUGGGCUCGCAAGAGCCUGGCACCAUUAGUGGAGCCGAAACGGUGGAACGCUUGGUGGAGCGGGUGAAUUCUUCAACUCUGCUCGAAGACCGCCGCAAUGCAUGCCGUGCACUGAAAGCCAUGUCAAGGAAACAUCGUGUCGAAGUGGGAGCUCAGGGAAUGUCUGCGCUUAUACAGGUCAUAGAAAUGGAUCGCGCAGAUCCGGAGAUCAUAGGAUAUUGCUUGGAUACCUUGUGUCAUGUCACAUUUCCGGAGCAGUUCGAGGAAGAAGCCGAAAAUCCGAACAUUACCGUUAACAUUGGUGAGCAGUUUACCGAAAUGUUCAUCAAGACUAGCGAAAAUGUUAGCUUGGUUUUAAGUUGUUUAGAGGAAUACGACUUUCGAGUGCGAUGGUCAGCAAUAAAGCUGCUGACUAGUCUGCUGGCUAACAAACCGAAAGAAAUUCAGGAAAAUGUUCUAGUCAGCCCCAUGGGAGUGUCGAAACUGAUGGAUCUUCUGAUUGAUAGUCGAGAGGUUAUCAGGAACGAUGCCCUUUUGCUACUGAUUCAGCUGACGAAAGGAAACGCAAAUAUUCAAAAAAUUGUAGCUUUCGAAAAUGCGUUCGAUCGCUUGUUUGACGUUAUCAAGGAAGAAGGUUGCGCUGACGGAGGAAUAGUGGUGGAGGAUUGUUUGAUUCUGAUGUUAAACUUACUGAAAAAUAAUCCGAGUAAUCAACAAUUCUUUAAAGAAGGAUCCUACAUCCAGCGUUUAGCGCCAAUGUUUGUUAUACCACCAGAGCAAGAAGAAAUAGGAAUGACUCCGCAGAAGGUAUCCAAUCUGCUUUGCAUGCUUCAAAUAGUGAGAUCCUUGGUUAGUCCUUUGAACCCUCAACAAGUUAUAUCCUCAUGUCAGAAGGCGAUGCGCAGUUCGGGACUUCUGGAAGGGCUUUGUAACAUUCUGAUGGGUAGUGGAAUAUCUCCCGAUAUUCUUACCGAAACUAUAAGUACUGUGGCGGAGGUUAUACGAGGUGACACAAGCAAUCAGGACUAUUUCAAUUCCGUACUUGCGCCUAGCAAUCCUCCCCGACCAGCCUUGAUAGUUCUACUAAUGUCGAUGGUUAACGAAAAACAGCCACUGCCUUUGCGAUGUGCCGUUCUCUACUGUUUCCAAAGUUUCUUGUACCGUAAUGAACCUGGUCAGAAUGCGCUCGUCCAAACACUACUGCCCUCAACGGCGGAAGUAUCGUCACUGACAUCGGGACAGCUUCUACUGGGAGGAUUGUUUAGCACCGAUUCGCUGUCCAACUGGUUCUCGGCCGUUUCGUUAGCUCACGCCCUUCUCGAAAAUGCAACCCUGAAAGAGCAACUGCUGCGCGUUUUGGUAGCCCUGGUUGGCAGUACUCCGGUAUCGCUCCUACAGCAGUGUACUACGUUGCUCCAUCAGGCCAACUGUAAAUUUCAAAGCAAGGUAGCCCUGCUGAUGUUCCUGGCGGUUUGGCUUAGUCACUGUCAGUUGGCCGUGAAAGCAUUUGUGACGAUUCCGGGAAACGUUGCGUAUCUGAUCGCGCAGAUAUCGGCCAACGAACACGACGACAACGAGUACCUGAUUCAGGGCUUGUGUGCGUUUCUGAUGGGAAUCUGUAUCCAGUUCAACGAUUGUUCCGUUAAGGGUAGUGAACGGGAGGAUCUCUGCCAGUUGCUGAUCAAACGGAUUGGCCUGGAAACGUACAGCGCCAAACUGGGCGAAGUAUCCAAGCACGAAAACUACAGUCGAUCGGCGAAGCAUCCGCAGAUUAGAAUACGGUCGAGUUCGGAUUUGCUGUUGGACUAUGAGUUCUGCAAGCUGUUCAAAGCUUUGGAGUCUACUGUUACGAAAACUGUGAACGGGUUUGUAAACGGAGCGGGAAACAUCACGGAACUCACGUUAAGUCAGGAAGCGUCUGGACUCGUAGGACAAUACAAGGAUAUUAUUCGAGACCAGGACAGUCGGUUGCAACUACUGCAAGAUCAGCUGCGAAAUGCCGAAGCAGAAUCGACUCAGCUGAAGAUUCGACUCGAGCAAGCGCAAAGCACAAAUUCCCAGCUUUCCGAUCAAAAUAUUUUAUUGAAGGCACAACUGCAAGCUGCGUCCGAUGUUCAGAAGACCGAACAGCAAUCUCCAUUCCAUUUGCUCCCUACGCAGGGGGAGAACACCAGUCAUCAGGUGGAAGCUCUCGAGCGUCAAUUGGCGGCGUUAAUGAUGCAGCAACAGGAUCACAUUUCCCGGGCCCAUUUUGUGGAAACGGAGAAUCGUCGGUUGCUAGAAGAACUAGAAGCACUCCGACAGAGAGCUAUCGAAGCCGAACAGGUGGCGCACGAAAGUAAGAACGAUUUGGAGAACCUACGGAAGGAUCAAGAGGAUUUGAUGGAACUGAUGACGGAUCAGGAAAAUAAAUUGACAACGUAUCGAAAGAGUUUGAAAAAGCUGGGCGUCAAAGUGGACGACGAUAGCGACGGUGAGGAUCUGGAGAAUGGUCAGGAUGAGGAAGAAGGAAUUUCACAACACUAGUUAAACAACCUAGAAGUAUUGCUGCAGUGUUCUGUUAUUUUGCUAUGAUGGCAGAAAUUUUCCAAUUCAAGUUUAAACAUUUGUUUAUGCCAAUACAAUAUUCUGUAUCAAAGAAAUUCGCAAACAUUUUGUUUAUGUUUGUUAAGUAAAUAGCUGCUGUUUGCCGUACUAGAAUGUAUUCACAGGAAAAAAACGGAUAAUAUAUAAAAGCAAAGUAUUCCUAAAUAGA